UUCACUCUCUCAAUUCCAUUGCAUCUCAUUCCAUCUCAUCUCCAACACACGAGGUCAAUGGGCAGCACCACCGCAUUCACCGCUCCAUUUCCGGCCGCUUCCUUCCUCCGCCGGAAUCCUGCCGGUGGAGUGAGCCUUAAGCCAUUUCCCAACGUGGGUCAGUCUCUGUUUGGGCUGAAGCACGGCAGCAGCCGCGGCGGACGAGUGACGGCGAUGGCCUACAACAUAACCCUCAUAACCCCAGAAGGAGAGAAAUCGAUUACAUGUACUAGUGAUGUAUACAUUUUAGAUGCGGCUGAGGAAGCCGGGCUUGACCUUCCUUACUCUUGCAGAGCAGGGGCUUGUUCUUCUUGCGUUGGAAAAGUGGUAUCAGGGACAUUGGAUCAAUCUGAUAAUAGCUUUCUUGAUGAUGAUCAGAUGGCUCAAGGUUGGGUUUUAACUUGUGUUGCUAGGCCUGAAUCUGAUCUUGUAAUUGAGACCCACAAGGAGGACGUCUUUGCUGGUUAAAACAGAGGAACAAGAAAGGGGAAGGAGGAUUAAACUUUUUUUUUUUUCUUUUCUUUUCUUUUCAAUCUUUGUUGAUGAGAGUAAGCAAAAUGGACACUGUUUUCUUAGCUUCUUGAUGAUAUCUCUCUCUUUCUAAGUGUUUAUUGAAUGUUGUAUUGUUCAUCACUGGUUUAAGUUGAUUUUCAUAACUUGGGCUUUGUUCAUCUGUUGUUGGGUUGUUCA